AUGGCCGGAAGAGAAAAUUGCGUGUUCUCCUUAGUAACAGCUCGACAAGCAGCAAGUGCAGAAGAUUAUGAAACCGCUUUGCCGAACUAUUUAGGGUCUUUGUAUCAGGUUUUUUUUAUUCUUCAGUGCUUUGCUAUAUUACGGAUUUUUUUUUAAUUUUCCCUCAUAAACUGUUUUCAGUUGCCGUUAGCCGAAAGAACUCAAUAUUUAGACGAGUUUUGUGAUGUUUUCUAUAAGUGGCUACUUGCUGAAAACGAAGACAUGAGUCGGGCGCUGAACCUCCUUCCGAACCUCCGCCAAUUAUUCCCCAACACUUGUCGGGUGCUGUUCAUAGUCAACAAGCAUCUUUAUGAUAAUAGUCGGAACGAGAUGCAUUUGUUCGAAUGUCUGAAACUCUGCCGUGAAAUCCUCCAUAUCGCGACGAGCGCAGAAGAGAGGACUGUGGCUAGAAUCAUGCAGGCCAAUCUGCGAUCUGGCGCUUUCGAUCAAUGGCACAUAAGAAUGAUAAACGACGAGGUGGAAACGAUUUUUCUGAGUCUCAUGAAUAUUUCCGAUUUCAGGAUCGCAAUCGGAAAUUUGAACAAGCUUUGAAGCUGAGAAUAAAAAACGAAGAAGACGUGGUUUAUGACAUUGGAACUGGGUCAGGGCUUCUUUCUGUGUACGCGGCAAGGUUUGGUUCAUUUUUUAGGCGUCAUGAUCUAUUCAAAAUUGACAUUUAAAGAUGCUCGAAGAAUGUUCGGGCUAUUGAAGAGAACGUGGCGCUCUUAGACAUCGCGAAAAAAGUUUUUACAAGGAAUGCAGUGGCAGACCGUGUCAGCCUUCUUUUUGGCAACUCCAACGAUUUGUAUUUGGAUGAAAAGGUAUUUUAAGGAAGUCGGUUGUGAUUUUGGAGACAAAAUUAACGAUGCAAGAGUUUUUCUUUUCUUUCUCAAGUUUUUAUUUUGAGGCGGAUGUUAUCUGUGCUGAGAUUCUCGACUGCUGUGUCUUCGGUGAGCAUGUGGUGCGGAGUUUCAUCUCAGCUCACGAGCGAUUGGCCAAACCUUCAACUGUUUUCAUUCCUUCUAAAGUGAGUUCUUAAGUGCUCUCAAACCGAAAAAUGUUUUGAAGGCAACGGUUUAUUUGAGAGUACUCGAAUGCGAAGAAGAGUAUAAAAAUUUUUCUAAAGAUUUCGAGGGACGUCGAUAUAUUUCAAAGUUUUGCGGAUUGUCCGAGGAAGGUUAGUUUCGCCAUUUUCCGGUGAAGAAGCUGUCUGAGGCAGUCAAUAAACGACGAGAUAAAACUUUAUUCUUUUGAGACGGCGACUACUGGUGCCACACGGUCAGCGACUUGCCCAAUCCAAGAUACCUUUCACCUUCCGUUCCAUUCAUCGACGUUGAUUUUCAAUCUUUGAGUGCUCUUCGAAGCCUUUCCAACGUUGAGAAACAUUUUCCUAUGCCUAUUGUCGCAUCAGGAACCGCUCAUUUUUUGGUCGUACAUUUUAGGUUCGUUAAAAGUUGAUGUUAUAAUGCUAAAUAGUUUUUUUUUUGCUAUUUUCUACUUUAAGCUUAUUAGAUGCGAUAAUUCUAAAUUUUUCUCCGCGAAGCUGCUUAAAAAGAAUGUGUAAUAUUUUGAGCGCGUGAAUGAUGUUAUGCUAAAGAUGACUAGGAAUGUCGUAGUUUCUUCAAUUUAUAGGUUUUAAUGUACUUAAAAUGAAGCUGGUUUCAGAUCAGAACUUGCCCCUGGCGUGGAAUUAGAUUCUUCCGAGCUCGGAUCUUGCUGGGACCAAGGAAUUUAUCCAUUCGCGUUUGCUGUGCCAGUUGAACAAGGCGGAGAUCUUCCUGUCGUGGCAAACCUCCUUGACGGUCAUCUUCUGAAUGUCUAUCCUGAGGUACUUUUAGUUAGUAUAUACCAUGUACCUGAACGAAAGCCGGGUUAGGAAAUUCUUCGAUCUAAAGUUUAGGAGACGGUGUUCCGAGAUAUGAUGCAGGAAAUCGCCCCUAGGAUUCGUUUGGUGGACAAUUUGCUGCGGAUGGAGAACCGGCAGACGUGCGAAUGGUUGCUUGAGCAACUCCGAGAUGAGCCGCUGGACAAAGUCCGCAAUUGCACAAAGUUUCGACUUCUUGACAUGUUGGUUUUCUUGCGCUUUGAUCAUACGAAACUGUAGCUGAUGGUAGCGGAAUUGCCAUAUCCUCAUAAUUUUGGGUUUAUUAAAAAAAAGCCAGCGAGCUUUCAAACUUUUCCGAAUGAUCCCUCCCUACUUUUUUCCUUUGUGUUUUUCGGUUUAUAAAAUAUCUAUUACAUUGUUUUCUUUUUACUUUGUGUUUCAACCAUGAAUAACCUAUUUAUUUCUUAUAGGAAGGUUCAAAACGAAUAGUUUGUCAAUUAAAAAAAGUCGGAAAAGGAUUUGUCGGAAACUUCACAGUCAGAAAGUUCCCUGCCUGGAAAAAAAUUAGCUAAUAGAUCAUCUUAGAUAUAUUUAUCGAAAGCCUUCUGUGGAAAAUUUUGAGAGUUUUUCUUGGUUGUAAACUAGGUUAUGAAUUUUUUUCCAGAAUAAGAUUUACUGCAAGUAAAAGAGAUUUUCUAUCACUUGUUUAAUUUCCUUUGCACUAUGUGUUUUAGAUGGUUGGAGCCAUUUAUGAACCAAGAGGAAGAAAGAAGAAAUGGCGAACUGAAACAUUAUACGACGAUGUUGGGUAUGCCGGUAUUGACUGACUGGUUUUUAAAGAUUUUUCAAGCUUGGCCAGGGGCUUACGACGGCAGUUUGGACGACGGAGUGAUUCGGCAAAUUUUCGAAACAGAUUUCAAUACAGUUCAAAGAAUCUUUCCAGGUAAAUUCCGUGAGAUUUUUCAGAGAAAUCGGUUUUUCACAGAGGCAGUUACUAUUCGAGGAUGUCUUUUUUCCUCUAAAUCCCUGGCGGCUCUCUCGCGGCCAGAUCCUUCCAAACAUGGAGAUGUCGACUUGUCUCCCAUAUCGACUUACUCGCUUUUCGAGUACCGCGAGCUUGAUCUUGGUGAGUCGUGCUUUUUAACUGUCAACGUGUCGAAAGUUUCCCGAUCUGCCUGGGUGUUUAAAAGAGCGGACAAGAAGAUUCGCAGUUCCUUUAGACACCGAAGAGAUUAUAUUCUCGGCUUUAAACUUUUCCAUUUUUUAUGAAUUUUUCUCGACUUUGCAGCGAGGAGUGACAUUUUUUUCUGUUCCGACGAGUUCGACUUGAUAACGAUGAUUUUUUCAAGGGAGAACAUUGCUUCGAAGAUUUAUGAACUCAUUUAUAAACAGUUGGAUGUGAGUUAGAUUUUUUUUUUUUUCGGCAAAGCUGUCUCAUUCAUAAAUAAAUCUGAAAUUCAAUCUGAUUUCGAAGGUGAAUAACGACUGAAGUUCCAAAAAAGGUUGAAUUUUACUAAAACAAAAAAAGAUGAACAGUUUUUGCGAUGGGAAAUUUGAAUAAGCGAACCCGUUUUUUUUUUUCGCUUUUCUUUUAGAAUCAGUUAAUAUUGGUAAAGUCUAUCUUAUUCACCAAGUCAUUCAUUUAUUUCAUGUUCAGGUCAAACCGACUUCGAACGGUGGGAUUGACGGUGUUUUAUACUGGUUUUCUUCUACUGGUUACGAUAAUAAAAAGGAUCUCUGCGCUUCUUUUCUCUUUUCUCAGCCUUUCAUGGUUUCAACGGAUGAUACGGUUCGUUUUUUUUUUUACUGAUUCCCAGGCUAUUUUCAACUUUUUUCUCAUUCAGAUACGGUUAACACUUGAUUUACACAAAGGUAACAUGCUAAUAACUGGUGAAAAGUUGUAA